AUGUCGUCUGAAAUCGCGAAUCCCUCGCUAGGGAUGCACUCCGAAAAGGAGCCUUCGGGCUUCCGUUCUGAGGAGCAACCGACUCCUUAUCAUCACAAGAAUGGUGAAAACCAUAGCGAGAGCCCCAAUGGCCGCGCUAUCCCGUCCCGCGUGGGCACGUACCUUAGGAGGUUCGAGCAACAGCUCGUCGAGUAUAACUUCGAGGCACGCGGAAUCGAACGAGUGCAUGAGGGUGAACGCAUGAAAAAGCUCUCCUGGGUUUCCUACACCCAGGCGUUCCUGCUCUGGGUCUCGAUCAAUCUGGCCGCAAACAACAUAACUCUGGGGAUGUUGGGUCCUGUUGUUUAUGGGCUCAGCUUCCUUGAUUCGACGCUGUGUGCUGUUCUGGGUGCAUUGCUUGGUUCUGUGGUGUCGUCGUGGAUGGCUACUCGAGGACCUAUCUCUGGAAUCCGCACCAUGGCUUUCGGGCGUUAUGCAAUGGGAUGGUGGCCCAGCAAGAUCAUAGUGAUUUUGAACUUGAUCCAGAUGCUCGGGUAUUGCCUCAUUGACUGCGUAGUCGGCGGCCAAAUCUUGUCUGCUGUCUCGCCAAAUGGGAAUCUAUCAGUUGCCGUUGGUAUCGUGAUCAUAGCUCUUAUAAGUUGGGUCGUUGCCACCUUUGGCAUUGAUGCCUUCCAUUACUAUGAGCGCUACGCCUUCCUUCCUCAGUUGAUCGUCGUCUGCGUCUUGUUCGGCGUCUCCGCCACGAAGUAUGACCUGACAAGGCCAUCGGUAGGAGAUGCUCGCACAAUCGUCGGGAACCGGCUAUCGUUCUUUUCGAUUUGCGUGAGUGCUGCCAUCACCUAUGCUCCCCUGGCGGCAGACUUUUUCGUCUACUAUCCAGAAGGAACCUCCAAGUUGGCCAUCUUCUCCCUAUCCUUGUCGGGCCUGAUGGUCUCGUUCACCCUGGCCCUCCUCGCCGGUAUUGGGCUCGCCUCCGGUAUACCUUCCCACCUAGAAUACAGCGCGGCAUACGCAAAGGGUGCAGGCGCCCUCAUCGUCGAAGGGUUCGGCCCUCUGCAUGGAUUCGGCAAGUUCUGCUCCGUAGUUGUCGCCCUCGGACUGAUCGCCAAUACCGUUGCCCCUACAUACUCUGCGGGUGUCGACUUCCAAAUCCUCGGCCGGUACGCGGAGAAGGUACCUCGCGCUAUCUGGAACACCAUUGGCGUGGUCAUCUACAUCGUCUGCGCGCUGGCGGGGCGGAGCCACCUAUCCGAGAUCUUCACCAACUUCCUCGCGCUUAUGGGAUACUGGGUCGCGAUCUGGAUCGCGAUCAUUCUCGAAGAGCACUUCAUCUUCCGCUGGCGCAGCGGAUACAACUGGUACGCCUGGAACGAUCCGUCCAAGCUGCCCGUGGGCAUUGCAGCCUUCAUUGCAUUCUUGGUCGGUUGGGCCGGUGCUGUCCUCUGCAUGGCGCAGCUUUGGUAUAUCGGACCGCUUGCCAACUUGGUCGGGGAAUCUGGCGCAGAUAUGGGCAACUAUGUGGGAUUCACAUGGGCCGCCCUCGUCUACCCUCCCCUACGGUACAUUGAACUUCGCUGGCUCAAACGGUGA